AUGGAUAGACUAUUCAAGCCAGAAUCGCUGGAGUUGGAUCCAGAAGCUGCAACACGAUACAAGCACUGGAAACUGAACUUUCAAAGUUUCUUGACAGAAGUAGAAGCAGCACAAACAGCUCUAGGGGAACAGGGACGACAAGUAAACAAACGUUUAUUGAUUUUUCGAUAUUUGUCCCACAAAAAUUAUGCACAUGUAGAAGACUGUGAAACUUUUGAAGCUGUCAUUUCAGAACUUGACAAACUUUAUGUUAAACCAAAAAGCGAUGUGUAUGCCCGCCACCAAUUGAUGACUAGAAGCCAGAUACCCGGAGAAACGCUUACCGAAUUUUUAUUAGCUUUGAAGACUUUAGCUAAAGAGUGUACAUUUAAAGCUGUAACUUCAGACCAAUACCGUGAUGAGCUAACAAGAGAUGCUUUUAUCAAUGGGUUAUCAACUUCUUCGAUUCGUGUUCGUCUACUCGAAAAUGAAGAUUUAACACUGAAAACAGCUUUUGAAAAAGCAUCUAUGUUAGACAGAGCACAGAAGCAAUCAAUAUCAUAUGUACAUGAUUCUAGUAUGGCAGCUACUGCAACUAAACAAGAUGAGCAAAGAAGAAUAAAACACUGUACUAAAGAUGAAUCAUAUAGUUCUGCUUCAGAUGUUUCUUUUGAAGAAUUUAAAAAAACUGACAAUGUUGCAGUAUCAUACAAGACUAAAAGAAAGUUCUCUAGAAAAUGCUUCUUUUGUGGGGGUAAGAUUCAUGUGCGUUUUAAAUGUCCUGCCAAGGACUCUGAAUGUUACAGUUGUGGAAAAAUUGGUCAUUUUGCCAAAAUGUGCAAAUCGAAGAACAGAAAAGCUGAUAGUAAAAGUAUGGUAGCUUCUUUUCGACAUUGUUCUGCAUUUACAUCUGUUGCAGCCACAAGAAGUUUGAAAGCUGCUCUAGUUGAAGUGUUCAUCAAUAGUUCUAGGGCUGUUGCUCUUGUGGACUCUGGAGCAACAGAUAGUCUCAUAGAUGCCAAAUUGACUAGAAAACUUGGAUUAAAGCUCAAAUUAGAGCAAUGUAAAAUCUCAAUGGCUUCUACAACUAAAAUAGGCAGCUAA